GAUAUGAUUUGGAAGACCAAACAUAUUUUAACAUGAAAUAGAAAUAGUCAAACAAUACAGUCUCGUUGAACAUACAUGUGCUUCGUCUUUGCAGCUUACAAACGUAACACUGAUAAGUGAAGCAGCUAUGUCUCUGCUUGUGACUUAUCUGGUGUCUCUGACAGUUCAUCUUGCAAGUUCAUCAAAGAUAUGUACAGACCUCCAAAACUAUCAUUUUGUUGAACGCAACGUCAGACUACCGAAUGUCCACGUCAUAUCGCUGUCGACACAGGGACAGGUUCUCUGCGCACGUACGUGCCUUGCGAGAAGAUGGUGCAAAUCCUUCAACUUUAAUAUUAACUCGGGGAAAUGUGAGCUUAACUAUCUAACACUGUUUCCUGGAGGUCUCAACACCACUCAUCUGGUUCCAGCCGCUGGGUUUGUCUUCUCUGACAUCAAACACUGGCCAGAGGUAGUUGCUGGCGCAUGUGCAAAUCACAACUGCACAAUCAACACUUACUGUGAUCCAGUAGACACUCAUAAGUACCUGUGUCAAAAAUAUGCUAACCCAACAUCAUGCGCUGAAGCCAAAGAGUGCGAUCCAUCAAGCACUGAUGGAGAAUACUGGCUUCGUAUACCACACUUUGGUCUGUACAGAACCCGGAUCUACUGUCACAACAUGAACACCAGCAACCCCGUGGAGUACAUGACGCUGCCUUCGCCCAACUACGGUAUUUACCCAGCGGUAGCCAACCAAAACUGCGCUGGAGAGACACCCCUUCGCUAUUCUUGUGUCGGGUCAGGGGGCGAGUGGUGGUACAUGAAGAUAAGGAUUGACAUUGAGGACAUGGGGGGUUGUACGAACUGACAAGACUUUUGCUGUUUUUACCAACCAUGAAGUAUAUUACGCCCAGGCUGAGGACUGCUACACCAAGCACUAUGGCGUACUGAGUUCCUGUGGAACCAAGGGCGAGUUUACCGUCAAUCUAACAAGUACAGGCUGGCUGGUGGAUCCAGAUGUGGAAUGGAUAGCAGAGGGAUGGAAAGCGAUCAUUGAGUCAAUAAUCAGAGAAGAAGGAGGGUCUGUCAUUCGCCUUAAGUGCGGGGGAUUCCAUGGAUAUUGCUAUCCCAAAACCAGGAUGACCGUUGUGCCAUCCUUUGAAGUUGUCCCCGAUUCUUCAGCCACAGAGGUUAGAUGCUCCGAAUGAUGCUGCAAAAUCAACGCUUCAUCGAGCGUUGCUUUGAUCAAAAUGUUGGUUCACACACUGAGCUAGAAUGUUAACUUUGACUUGGCUUCACAUUUAACCUGAGCAAUUACUUCAUCACGCGUUUCCCAAAGUCAAUGUUAUUUUAUCGAUUUUGUUUCGCUCAAAUGACUAAAAGUCAUUUCUUGGGAAUUUUCGUUCACAAUAUAAUGAAAUUUGGUAUAUGGGUUGUUAGCAGUGGGGGCAAAAACGUGUUUAUUGUGAUAGGAUAUAUUUUGGCCUUUACGUUUGCACGUUGACAUGGUGCAUAAAUUCUGCCUGAAUAUAAGUAAGAGAGAAACCUACGGAUAGUUUAAAUAACAAUGUUCAUCCCAACAAAUUGACUUUUAGCUGUUUCAUUUUUUAUUUCAAAAACUCAAAAUUAAGAUGUUUUAUCCAUAAUUCGAUUGUUUCAAAUCAAUUAUUUUCUCGAAAUUUCAAAACAACGAGGACAGCAGAGGCAUUCCUG